AUGAUUUGGUUCGCGGUUAAGGAUGUGUAUAAAACUGUACAACCUUUCGUGUUUAUUUUAUGGCUUGCUGGCUUGGCACCGUACAGCAGUGGGGGCCAUCAGACGUUGAAAACAUUCAGGCGGUGUUACGAAUUUUUAUAUUUUCUUUUAUACCUGUGCCUAUACUCAUAUGCUUUAUACAUGAACCUAUUCGUGCAAAAUACAUCCUAUCUCUACACUUCUAUAAUUGUUGAGCGUUUAGAAUGUAUGUACGGUUUUUUCCAGUAUGUGAGCAUCGUUUUUUCGAUUGCCUGUGGUUGGGCACUGAAUCAGCGCAUAUCGAUGAUAAUGCGAAUGAUGCAUGAAUUUGAUCUUCAUUUAGGAUGCUUCGGCAUACCAAUAGAUCACCGGCGUUGGCAUUUUUAUGUGACCAUGCUGGCGGUGGGCACUUUCAUUUCCUUCACCUCACUGUUGACGGUUUAUGUAUCGUAUAUGGUAAAGUCUACAUCGCAAGUAAUGCCUGCCUUGAGCAACAUUAUCCCAGCAUCUCUAUUUGCCAUGUGUUUCUUGUUGCAAUGUGGCCAAUUUAUUGUGUUUCUGCUUGUAAUCGAAGCUAGAUUCAGCCGUCUGAAUAAAACAUUUAGAAUGUACUUCCCGACGAGCCCUUCCGCCAUUGGUGGCCGGAAUGAGUUCGCGAUCUGCAGCGAGAAGGAACAGAUAAAUGUGCUGAAGCAAAUCAAAAUCCUGCACGACAAGCUGAACGACGUGGUGGAGCUCGUUAAUUACUGCUUCUCGGUGCAGAUCACAUUUUGCGUUGGAUUGUGCUUCGUCAUCGGAGUCGUCUGCUCGUUCGGUCUGUUCCGGGCCUUCAUCUAUCGCAACGAGCUGUUCUACAUGGGAGUGCUGAAUUUCGUCUGGUACAUGUACUACCUAUUUUUCGUCUUGUUCUUCAUCGCCGUGGGCAGCAAGAUAGCCCGUGAGGGUAAACGAAUUGGCGUUCUGGUGCACAAGGCGAUAAACUGUUCUACGUCCGAGAUCGUGAUAAGAGAACUGAACCUGUUUUCGCAGCAAUUACUCCAUCGUAGUCCAGUCAUCACAUGCGGUCUUUUCGUUUACGACUGGACACUGUGGUAUACGAUGAUUGGUGCCACAGCGACGUAUCUCAUCAUCUUGAUACAGUUUGAUGUUUCCUUCCCCAACCUGGUCAAUGUCAACGCAACGGGAGCUUAUCGUCACAGCACAUAG